CAGCAUUGAGCCACUAACCACGGCGAGCGCGUUCAGUGUCUAUCGCCUAUCUAGAAAGGAGGGCUAACAUUUAAAUGAAGAUGGAACCUACAGCUGGAGCAACUUCUCAAAGUAUAGAUGUAUCACAGCAGACGGAUGAUGACAUGUCAGCUGCAGAUCACAAUAGUCCAGAGUCCAAUACUGCCGGACAGGACGCACAUACUGACUUGGUGUUGGCGGAACAAGAACAGCAAACGACAUUUGAGGCAGGAGAACAAGGUAUGAAUCAACAAUCAGAUCUUUGGGCUGAACAGCAAUAUGACAACUCGGAAGGACAACCUUUGAUGGAUCCUACACCAGAACCAGAAGAAGUACCAGGUCAUGGGGGUGAAUCAACCCCACAGAAACUACAGAGCGUCUCCUGUGAGCAAGAACAACCUCAAUUAAUAAUAGAGCUGGAAGUAACGCCAGCUGACCAGCACACUGUAGCCGAGAUCAUCUCCAAGCAAAUAGAUCAGCAAACUGACCAAGACUUUGGUACACAGCUACUAGAAAGUGAAGAAGAGGAGACACAGUUUGUUCAAGAAAAAGCAGACGAGUCCCUGAAUUUAAGACAAGAGGAUAAUACAUUUGCAGAACAAAUCAGAUCUACCCCAGAUGAAGAUGUUAUACCUAAAAGUCAACCUGAAAUAAACACGUCUUUAGAAGUGUCCAAUACUACCGCCACAGUUAAGGUCAUGCUGGUUCCCGAUGGUCAAGUGGUUACCUUGGCAUUCUCUAUUGGAUAUUCGGUAGAAAACCUUAAAAACUACUUUGCAACUCAGAUGAAAAUCCCUGAAACUGUCAUUCAGAUAAUGUUUGAAGGACGUGUUGUGCAAGACCAGGAGACCUUGGUGGAUCUUGGAGUCAUUCCUCAUGGGACGAUUCAACUGGAGAUGCUGUCAUUGGAUCCUGCAACUUAUCCGAUGAAAGCUGUGAAACUUCAGCAGGAAUACAGCAUGCCAGAUGUUAUAACUGUCAGAGUGCAGACAGGCGAAGAAACAUACCAGGAUCUGGUAGUCGAAAUAGAAAGGCUCAACUACCGCAAACCAUAUCUGGGUGGAUAUCGGCAUAAAGUGACCGGAGUGAUAUUUCAUCACGCAGGCACACAAACUGUACCAAAAAAGAGGCCAGAUAGAGGAACUGUUGUGUUCUGCAGGGAAACACAGACUGUAUUCGAAAAGAACAAGUCACAACAGUCAAGGAAUACAGUGUCUACACAAAUGACCAAAAUUGGAUGUUAUGUUGCCAAUUUAACCGAUAAAUUGUUGCAACCAGGAAGAUACAUCACAGCGGAUGAGUUUCAUGCUCUGAGACUAAAAGCAGUCAUAGUGAUACAGACUUACUAUCGGCGUUUCCAUGCGAGAAAGGUGGUACAGCAACUCAGAGAAGAGAAAAGACUGAGAUUAGAAUGGGAAGAAAGAGAGGAACUAAGGAAAAAGAGAGAGAAGGAAGAAAGAAUGAGAAAAGAUUACGAGCGCCGAAUGAAUCCAAAAACAAAGGAAGAUUUUGAACUUCUGUAUCAUGCACUGGAAUUGUGGCGAAAGGAAGAAGUAGAGCGUAUAAACCAAACAUACAGCGGUGCUGAAAGAAGAACAGCUCUGUCGGCACUGCUAGAGCAGGAAACGCAGCUUAUCGCCUCAAUUGGUCGGCAUAAGAUAGAUGCAGACCAAGAAAGCCAACAAAAAGCCAUACAACUCCUUUUGGACAAGUGUUGCGAACCUAAGAGGUGGAAAACGUUUGAUGGAAAAACUACAGAGAUGGACACUCAGUAUACGAUACGUGCCAGAGAGCUACGUGACAUCUACACAACCAUUAACACAAAAGAAUUAAACCGUGAUGAGAGGCUUGAUGCGCUUUUGACACUUAAACACACUGUGAAGGAGCAUGAUUGCAAAUUAACCAAAGAAAUUGUUGAGCUGAUUGACAGAGAGGUUGAUCUCUUAAUGCGUGGGGUUAAGGGUUGCAACCUUGAUGGACUUAGGAAAAGGAUAUCAACGCUCUUCCUGCAGUACAUAAAAACACCCACUUUUAACCCAGAAGUCGCAAGGCUGCUGAAGGUUCCUCAAGAUUUUACAGUUCUGCGCAAAAACAUCUACUUCUGUCCAAGUUGCAAGAACUAUCUGCCUUCUACAGAGUUUUCUCUUUCUGCCAGCGCACGCACGGUGGGGAGAUGCCGCAAAUGCUCUAAGUUGGAUAACGAAGCUCGGAAGAGAGAAGAAUUUUCAAAAUAUAACAAUUUACUCAAGCAACUCAAAAAAGCAGAGGCAGACUAUGGAGAUGAGGCUAGAAUAGCUUUUUUGCUGCAGCAACAAGACCUCCAGUACCUGGUUGAGAAUAUAUGGGCUGCUCAAUCGGCACUGAGUGCCUGUGAUGACAUUUACGAUUUAGCAAUGGUCAGAUGGGACAAGUACUAUGAAUGGUCUCCAUGGAACUGUAUUCUCCUUAACAAAGAGGAAGCAGCUGCUCACCUAAAACUUUCCAAUGCUGAGCAGGCUUAUGGUACCAUCUUUAUUCAUAAGAUCAAGCACAGACACACUCUUGCCAGGAAUUAUUUUUCCCAGAUUCCUGAGAUAGCACCAUUUCUGCACGUGGAGCGAUGGAAUCAAAUGUCUACAGUAAAUGAUUUGGUUAUUAGUAAUACGGUGACAGCACCUUCCCACGCCUGACUUCCAUUUUAUCAUUAUGAUUUUCCUUUUUCACCCUACAUCUUUGCUCUUUGAACUAAAUUUACAAACUUGCAGCUGCACUGGCAUUUAUAAAUAUCAGCCGUACCAAUUAAAGUUCUCUAUAAAUACAGUUAUAUUGAAGAA